CGAAUUUCUUUUGUUUUAGGGACUAAAGUAUGAUAUUUUAGAAAAUGUAGGGACUAAUGGCGGUAAUUAACCAUAAAUAGCAAGAGUUGCAAAAAUAUGUAAUCUUUAUUUUCCGAUAUUUCUAUUUCGCACGGAAAUUUGAUAGUUGGUUUUGCUUCUAUUCUCCUCCCUUCGUUUACCGAAAUCCAAACCCAAACCCCUUUGCGCCAGAUUCUUAUUCGGCCGUUUUUGCUAUUGUUUGGGUUUCGAAACCCAUUUCUUAUUCAUCUCACUAACUCUGUCCACUCGGAAAAACCAUACUUCAACUUUGUUCUUACUCUGUCUAUUUCUCUCAGAUUUGAAUGUGGGACUUUUAUCGUAUGAGUGAAAGCAAAAAUUAAAGUCAUGCAGAGGGAUAACGUUACCACUCCAUCAACCCCAACUGGUCGAGCUCGCCAUCGAAGACGUUCAAAUGAGGCUGUUCCAGAUGUUAGUAAAACAAAUGGAGGCAGUUUACUUGUUAAUGACCGUAACAAGUACAAGUCAAUGUGGAUACGGGCGUAUUCUUCCAUUUGGAUGAUUGGGGGUUUUGUGUUAAUUGUUUAUAUGGGUCAUCUUUAUAUUACUGCUAUGGUUGUUGUUAUUCAAAUCUUUAUGGCGAAAGAGCUGUUCAAUUUAUUAAGGAAAGCUCAUGAAGAUAGUCAUCUACCAGGAUUUAGGCUUUUAAAUUGGCACUUCUUCUUCACUGCCAUGUUAUUUGUAUAUGGUCGCAUUCUCAGUCAACGGCUUUUCAAUACAGUAACUUCGGACAAGUUUCUCUAUCAACUUGUUAGCAACCUUAUCAAGUAUCAUAUGGUUAUCUGUUACUCCUUAUAUAUCACAGGUUUUGUGUGGUUCAUCGUUACAUUGAAGAAGAAGAUGUACAAAUAUCAAUUUGGCCAGUAUGCAUGGACACACAUGAUUCUCAUUGUUGUGUUUACGCAGUCCUCGUUCACAGUAGCCAACAUUUUUGAAGGAAUUUUCUGGUUUCUUCUUCCGGCAACACUCAUUGUUAUUAACGAUAUUGCUGCAUAUAUCUUUGGAUUCUUCUUUGGAAAGACCCCAUUAAUCAAGCUAUCUCCAAAGAAAACUUGGGAGGGAUUCAUUGGUGCUUCUGUUACAACUAUCAUAUCUGCAUUUAUGUUAGCUAACAUCAUGGGUCGUUAUCCCUGGUUAACAUGCCCAAGGAAGGAUUUAUCAACGGGCUGGCUUCAAUGUGAUCCUGGUCCGCUGUUCAAGGCUUCCACUGUUACCUUACCUGGAUGGAUUCCUCCAUGGUUCCCAUGGAGAGAGUUCUCUGUGUUGCCAGUUCAGUGGCAUGCCGCAUCCUUUGGUUUAUUUGCAUCAAUAAUAGCACCUUUCGGAGGCUUCUUUGCAAGUGGUUUUAAAAGAGCUUUUAAAGUCAAGGAUUUUGGUGAUAGUAUUCCAGGGCAUGGUGGAAUUACAGACAGAAUGGAUUGUCAGAUGGUGAUGGCGGUAUUUGCAUACAUCUAUCAUCAGUCAUUUGUCGUGCCUCAAAGUGUAUCCGUGGAGAUGAUAUUGGACCAGAUAUUGAUGAACCUCACUUUCGAGGAGCAACAAGCUCUAUUCAUAAAACUCAGAGAUACGUUGCAUGACAGACUAAUCAGACAAUCGUAAGUUUGGUAUGUGUCUCUCUCUCUUAGAAUGGUGUGUAUGGAUGUGAAGAGAGGAGAGAUGAAGAGGGAAUGUGAUGUAAUUUGUAUAUUGUGGCUUGUCUUUCUAUAUUUGGAUAAAGCCUUGUAUAGUCAUGUUUUCGUAGUUUAUCUCAUAGUCAUGCAAAAUUGGUUGGAGACUCCCAUAGUAGCUAUGAGAAAAUUUACGUUUUAGUUCUUUCGUUUAUUCUUAUUUCACCUGACAAUUACUUUAUUCAUAGACUUAAGGGGUUGUCAAUUCUUCAAACUUAUGUGGGUCUGAGAGCAUUCAGACCCCCAAAAUAAAAUAAUAACUAGUUAACUUUUA